CAUUAAAAUUUGUCAAAUAUAAUGUUUCGUCAAAUAUAAUUUGAGAGAAAAUUUAAAAAGAGAAAGUAAUAUUGAAGUAUAAAACGCAAGGGUUUUAAGUGUUUUAAGGGUUUUAACCAUAGGUAGGUUAGUUCGUUCUAGUUUGUCCCCAACUGAUCCAAUUCAAUCUUGUGUUUGGUUAUUAUUAAUGAAACAUGGCUACGGUUUUCGAAAGUUCAUUCUUAUCAAAUAGAGUACAUCGUAUCGAGGAACGAUAUGAAGAAUCAACAAACACUUUUGGCAAAUGUGACUGCACUAGCUAUAGCUAUCUUGCCUUGAGCGUCAUUCUAUUCAUGAUUGGGACCGCUAUUACUAUUUUUUCUUUGGACGAUAUCGUAGGUGAACACAUAUUUUUUAAACUUGGUCACAUGUGGCUUAUUGGUCCAAUAUUUAUUUGUUCUGGACUAAUGGUGGCUGUCAAAUGUAUGCUUUAUCUUCGACGAAAAUCCGUUAUACAGAUGAUCUUUCAUCAACGACAAUUGUUCAGACAUUUGCAGGAAUUAAGCGGUACUCGUGGUAUUGAACGUAUUGAUAUACAAACUCCAGGUCCACCUUCUUAUGAAGCAAUUGCUCAGGAAAGCUGUAACGAAUUACCUCCGCCUUCUUAUGCAGAAGCGGUAGCGCUUAUACGCAAGACUAUUGGAAGCAAUACCAAAUCAAAUAGUGCAACUGUUUCUUGUGAUAGCAUCGCUAUUGAUCAAAACGUCAGGUGUAAACCUUGAAACAGUAUUUUUUUUCGAUCGGAAGAUUGAUCACAAUAAAAGCAGUAAAUUAUUUUAUGAAAUUAUGAACGAUUGUUCAUCUUUUUUAUGUCUGUCUGUUAGAUUGAACAUUCUUUUUUUCUAUUAUAAAAAUGUUAUUAUCGCGUAUCUUAUACAUUAAUAGAUAAAGAGGAAAAAAGGAUGUAUUCAAUAUAUGCAUUUAUAUUAGAAUAUUAAUAUCAAUGAAAUGAUAAACAUAUGCAACGAUUACGCAUAUUUUUUUUAUAAAAAAUGUUUGAAUAGAAAAAAAUUUAUAUGAUA